CAGCCGGCGCGUGCCCCGGCGGCGGAAGUGCGCUGAGAGCGUAGGCGAGUGGUGACGUCUCCCCGGUCGGUAGGAGCGGGUCGCCGCUGCCGGUGGCAGAGCGCGGAGGCAGCGCAGUGCCGCCCGGCCCCGCCAGCAGCAGGCCCCGCGCCGCCCCAACGAUUCUUCUGAGGUCAGUUUGAAGCCGCCAAAAUGGUUCUAGCAGAUCUUGGAAGAAAAAUUACUUCAGCGUUGCGCUCACUGAGCAAUGCUACAAUUAUCAACGAAGAGGUUUUAAAUGCUAUGUUAAAAGAAGUAUGCACAGCAUUACUGGAAGCUGAUGUUAAUAUUAAACUUGUGAAGCAACUAAGAGAAAAUGUCAAGUCUGCAAUUGAUCUUGAAGAAAUGGCAUCUGGCCUUAACAAGAGAAAAAUGAUUCAGCAUGCUGUCUUUAAAGAACUUGUUAAACUUGUAGAUCCUGGAGUUAAAGCAUGGACACCUACCAAAGGAAAACAGAACAUUAUAAUGUUUGUUGGUUUGCAAGGAAGUGGUAAAACGACAACCUGUUCAAAGUUAGCAUACUUCUAUCAAAGGAAAGGUUGGAAGACGUGUUUAAUAUGUGCAGACACAUACAGAGCAGGUGCUUUUGACCAAUUAAAGCAGAAUGCAACAAAAGCAAGAAUUCCUUUUUAUGGGAGUUAUACAGAAAUGGAUCCUGUAAUUAUUGCAUCAGAAGGUGUUGAGAAAUUUAAGAAUGAAAACUUUGAAAUUAUCAUCGUUGAUACAAGUGGACGUCACAAACAGGAAGACUCGUUGUUUGAAGAGAUGCUACAAGUUGCUAAUGCCAUACAACCAGAUAAUAUUGUGUAUGUGAUGGAUGCUUCCAUUGGCCAAGCUUGUGAAGCUCAAGCUAAAGCUUUCAAAGAUAAAGUAGAUGUAGCUUCUGUCAUUGUGACUAAGCUUGAUGGACAUGCAAAAGGAGGUGGCGCCCUUAGUGCAGUUGCUGCUACAAAGUCUCCUAUUAUUUUUAUUGGAACUGGUGAGCACAUAGAUGACUUCGAACCCUUCAAAACACAGCCUUUCAUCAGCAAACUUCUUGGCAUGGGUGAUAUUGAAGGAUUGAUAGAUAAGGUAAAUGAAUUAAAGUUGGAUGAUAACGAGGCACUCAUAGAAAAGCUCAAACAUGGUCAGUUUACACUAAGAGAUAUGUAUGAACAAUUCCAAAACAUCAUGAAAAUGGGACCAUUCAGUCAGAUCCUGGGUAUGAUUCCUGGUUUUGGGACUGACUUUAUGAGUAAAGGCAAUGAACAAGAAUCAAUGGCAAGGCUAAAGAAAUUGAUGACUAUAAUGGACAGUAUGAAUGAUCAAGAACUUGACAGUACAGAUGGUGCCAAAGUAUUCAGUAAGCAGCCAGGAAGAAUCCAAAGAGUAGCAAGAGGUUCAGGUGUUUCUACUAGAGAUGUCCAGGAGCUUUUGACCCAAUACACUAAAUUUGCACAGAUGGUGAAAAAGAUGGGAGGUAUCAAAGGACUUUUCAAAGGUGGUGAUAUGUCCAAGAAUGUAAACCCAUCACAGCUGGCCAAGCUGAACCAACAGAUGGCGAAGAUGAUGGAUCCAAGAGUCCUUCAUCAUAUGGUGUGUGAUUUCCUUGGGGAAAAGAUUGCAUCUGUUCUGGGGAUAAGCACUCCAAAAUACCAAUAUGCCAUUGAUGAGUAUUACAGAAUGAAGAAAGAGGAAGAAGAGGAGGAACAGGAAAACAGGAUGUCAGAAGAAGCAGAAAGACAGCAUCAGGAGCAGCAGGACAAGCCCCAGGCUGAGGCUCCUGUCCAAACAGACCAGCCUGAAGCAACAAGUACUUCCUUUGUGAAUGUAAACUUUGAAAAUGAGGGAGAUUGCCAGUCUGUUGUGGAAAAUAAGCAAGAUGUAGUUUCUACUUAAGUGAAAAGCUCUGUGUACUGUAGGAAAUAGGAAGUGUCAGGUGUCACAGUCUGGCUACAAGCAGAAAAAUAGGAUUAUACUUGUUCAGUGUAAUACAACUUUUAGCGUUCUUAUUGAUCAGGAGAGAGCUAAGUGAUGUCUCUUCCUUCUGUCAGCCUAAUAAAGGCUGAGGCAUUCUGCCAAAUUAGCACUUCAGUUAAAAUGAAAAUUGGGCUACAAAUGUUUGGUCUAAAACUGAAUUUCUUGUAAAGCAAGUAAAACAUUUAAAUUGUUGUCUGGCACUGUGGAUUGCAGAUGUAGUGCUCUUUCCUACUUCUAAACACCUAUUUCUGAUUUGUACACUGUUUGCAACUUGGCUCUCUAUGAAUAGAUUAAUAGGAAUCAAUAUCCUGUAACUCACAAGUCAUAGUAGUCAUAGCUUCUGAAUUCCCCUAUUUGUUGUCACUACUGUGUGCAUGUGUCUUUCUGUUACUGACAUAAGAGAUGUUAGAUUUAAUGUUAAUUAGAUUUAAAGGCCCAAUGAAAUACUUUUAUUAUUACCCUAAACUUUAAAAGGAGGCUAUCGACACCCCUGAGUACAUAGGUAAUAGUGCCAGCACUACUGGAAGCUGAUACUGCUCAACUGUUCCAUUUAGUGCUAUAAUCAAGUACAGAACUAGCAUCAGCAGAAGAUGCUGUCCCUCUAGAUCCAAGAACUAAUAGUGAGCCACCUGUUCAAAUACUUCUUUACAUGCUUGCUCUGAAUUGUCAGGGAGAGUAAACUCAAGUCUUGCUAAAUUAUAGUGAAUGGGACAUUGUGUAUGGUAACAACUUGUAACUACACUUUUUUUUCCUUUUUGUUAUAAGAUACCUGAAUCAGUGUACCUAAUUAAGCUGAACAGGCAGCUUGUUCAAUGUUAUAAGUAAGGAAGGUGCUAUUGCAGGUAUCUCUUUCUCCCUAGUGCAGAAUUCAUAAAUAACUGGAAAUUUUAAAAUCAGGCUUAUGAAUCUUCUUUUAAAUUAAAAAAAAAAAAAAAAAAAAAAAAAAAACUUGUUUCAGUAUUGAAACAACUCAUUCUUUUUUUAGUGAAAUGCAGCUUCACUCCAGUUUUAACUACACCCAAUUACCAAUCAAAGCAAUUUAUUGCAAUGACUGUGAUCCUAGCUCCAAAUUGCAAAAUGUGAAUGGUUCACAUUGGGACAAUCAGGAUUCACUGCUGCAGGCAGGGAAAUAACUAACUGUCCCAAUCACUUCCUUUGCAGAAUAGUUACAGAUAGAUUAGCAGAAAACUUAUAAUAUGUAGUAACCAUUUGAAUAAUUGUUUCUGUCCUUGAGAAUGCAAAAAUUUCAAGAACCUUCAGUGAAUUUUUCUGUUAGAUGUCAUCAUAUUUCCCCAGCCUUGUUUCCACUACUAACUAACCAAGGAGCCUGCUGGAACAGCACAGGCUGGGAACCUUGGGCAUUAGUUUGCAGAGCUCAGCUAUGUAUUUCAGAUGGCUCUCUGAACUAGUAUCCUGUAUAACACAGAUUCUUUCUACUCUCAUAUGCCCUUCAACACUACAGCAGAGCUUCUGAGAAAGAUUCAGUCAUCUGUUUUGAUGCUCUUGUUUUGAAUGGUAAUACAGAAGUUGCUGACAGCUGUGUAAAAUCAUUCCACCCUGAACACCUGCAAGGAAGAGAAUGGAUCAGUACCUGGGGAAUACAUAGAAAAAUAUCGGGAGUUCUUAUUGUACUGUGGCAUGAGAAAGCCUCACUUAGCUUAAUAGUGAAAACUUUAGAGUUGAAAGAUGCUUUGUUUUUCUGCCAUGAAAUUAAUGUCAGUUGUGUUUGUUUUCUUCUGUCCCUACUGUCUGGUAUACCAGAAAAACCUCUCACAGCCUUGGGGUUAAACUUCUUUGUAUAAUAUGCUGUAUUACUCACUGUGCCUUAACUGAAGGAUUAAGUUUUUUUUUGCAAACUGUAUGAAAGUGGUUACUUUCAUAAUGGUUUAAUUUUUCUGUAAAUGCAUUAAUUGGUUAUUUUAUAUUUAAUAUAAUUUUUGAACUGAAAA